AGCAAGGCCUGGGGUGGAGAGGGGCUGAGGAGUGAAUCAAGGCAGCCCCGUCUGGGCCCUAGCCUGGGAAGGCAGUCCUUUCCUGUCCACAGGUCUCCCUGGGCUCUGGAAGGAACUCUUCUCUGCUGCUGGCCUGGUUUACUUGUCCCUACUUGUCAGGCCCUCCCUGCCAGAAGUCUUCAUGUAGUUACAGCCCCUUCCCCCAAAGGCAGCAGAGAAGAGAAAACAGGGCUGAGUAGUCUGCGGGUAGGCAGGGGUGGGAGCUUCCAAGCUUCCUCUCAGCUGGUCAUAGCAUUCCUUGGGCCAGCUUGAGGGGUAUGGGAGACAACCUCCAGGCUGCCCUCUCCACUGUUGCUCCUGCUCUCCCAGGAGGCCCAGUGGGGGCCGAGGCCCAGGCCCUUGCCAUGGAGUCCAUGUUUGAAGAUGACAUCAGCAUCCUGACCCAGGAGGCACUGGGGCCCAGUGAGGUGUGGCUGGAUGCCCCAGGAGACCCCUCACUGGGAGGGGACAUGUGCUCUGCCUCCCACUUUGCCCUCAUCACAGCCUAUGGGGACAUCAAGGAGCGGCUGGGGGGCCUGGAGAGGGAGAAUGCCACCCUCCGCCGCCGUCUCAAAGUCUACGAGAUCAAGUACCCGCUGAUCAAUGACUUUGGAGAGGAGCAUGGCUUCUCUCUGUAUGAAAUCAAGGAUGGCUCCCUGCUGGAGAUGGAGAAGGUCAGCCUGCAGCAACGGCUCAACCAGUUCCAGCAUGAGUUGCAGAAGAAUAAGGAGCAGGAAGAACAGCUUGGGGAGAUGAUCCAGGCUUAUGAGAAACUUUGCGUGGAGAAGAGCGACCUGGAGACAGAGCUGGGGGAGAUGCGGGCCCUGGUGGAGACCCACUUGCGGCAAAUCUGUGGUUUGGAACAGCAGCUACGGCAGCAGCAAGGCCUCCGGGACGCAGCCUUCCCCAGCCCGAGCCCCCCACCUGCCCCUGCCCCACCUUGUACUGAUCUGGACCUGCACUACUUGGCACUGAGAGGGGGAUCUGGCUUGAGUCACGUAGGCUGGCCGGGCCCCACACCCAGUGUGAGUGAGCUGGAGCGACGGCGUUUGGAAGAGGCUCUGGAGGCUGCCCAGGGUGAGGCCCGGGGGGCUCAGCUUCGGGAAGAGCAGCUCCAGGCCGAGUGCGAGCGGCUGCAGGGAGAGCUGAAGCAGCUGCAGGAGAGCCGGGCCCAGGAUCUCGCCUCCAACCAGUCAGAGCGGGACAUGGCGUGGGUGAAAAGAGUCGGGGAUGAUCAGGUGAAUUUGGCGCUGGCUUACCACGGAGCUGACAGCGAGCUGGGGCCGCUUCGGGAGUUGAGUUCCCUGCAGGGGAGGAUCUUGAGGACUCUUUUGCAGGAGCAGGCCCGGAGUGAGGCCUCGCCUCUGUCGCAGUGCCCCUCCCCGUCCCCGCCCGCCCGAGCGGCGCCCCCACCGUGCCCCCCGUGCCAGUCCCCCGCCCCCCAGCGCCGUCUCCCCUGGCCCCCGUGCCCCUCGCCCCAGCAGCGCCGCUCGCCUCCUCGCCCUCCUUCCCGUCGCCCUCCCCAGCGCCGCUCUCCGGUUGUGCCGCCGUCCUUGCCAGUCUCCCAGCCCCCCGCUCCCCGUGGCCCCGUGCCCCCCACCUGCCCCGCCCCGCAGCCCGGCCCCCGCCGCCGCCCGCCGCCGGCGAGAGGACCCGGCCGAGCGCGCCUACGCAAGCCGCCCAGCCACCACGUGAAGGCCGGCUUCCAGGCGCGCAGCUACUCGGAGAUGGCGGAGGGCGGCUGGGCUACGCGGGCCUCCCCGCCCUGGCUGCAGGCCGUCGCCACGCUGCCCAAGCCGGUGCCUACUGCUGCGAGCUCUACUCCCGGCCGGCCGCCAGCCCGCGCGCCCUUCGAGGGCAUCCGCUGCGCUUCGAGAAGCACCCUCCGAGAGGAGGAGUGGGCCGUGCCCACCAGCCCGCCCAGCCCCGGCGGCACCAUCCGCUGCGCCUCGUUCUGCGCGGGCUUCCCCAUCCCAGAGUCGCCGGCCGCCACCCGCCUACCGCCCACUCCGGAGCACAGCUCAAGUCCCUGGCCGUCCAUCAACCUGCUGAUGGAGACAGUGGGCUCUGACAUCCGCAGCUGCCCCCUCUGCCAGCUAGGUUUCCCUGUUGGGUACCCGGAUGAUGCCCUCAUCAAACACAUUGACUCCCACCUGGAGAACAGCAAGAUCUAGGGUGCCUCCCCCACCCCCUGGCUGUUUCUCCGUCUUCUCUCAUCACCCCCACUCAUUCACUCACUUUGAAUGCUGCAUGAAUCUCGUGGGGGGCCCUUGCCCCUUGCGACCCCAGAUACCUCCACUAGCUACCGAGUCAACGUGUGUGCCGUCUUCCCUGGUCCAGGCACCACUCAGCCCUGGCUCUUCCUGGAAGGCCAGCCGAGGCUGUCCCCAGCUCCCUGGCUUCCACUGGGGAGGUGAGGAUCUGGGCUGAGAUGGGGAGGGGCGUACCCCACCCAGCCUCUCUCUCUGCCUUUCUGUUCUCAGACAGGGUUGGAUCCGUCGCCAACCCGCCCGCCUGCCCGCUGCUUGGGCCUGGGGGAGGGGGAGGGUAUCAGAGGACUCCAGGAGCUCCCCUAGCCACUCCCCGGAUGUCCAUCUUUCUCAGGCUGUGCUCUGUCCAGGGAGCGCCUCCCUGUGGGGUCCCAGAGCCUGCCUUGCACACUGAUGCCAGUUCCUCCAUCCCAUGGCCAGCUCUGGGCUCUUGGCAUGGGCCCCUCCCCCUUGGGGGAAGGAGGCAUCUUGUUUCUUGCCAUUCCCUGCAGGCCGGUCUUGUUCUCCUCUGCUCCCCUGGGGAAUAAGGAGGGUGGGAGAGGAGAGGGAGGACCCUGGAGGACUGGAGGGAUUCAGCCUAAAGAGGCUGCCCUGAGGGUGGGGAUGAGAGGCGGGGGCCAUCCUGCAACUUGACCCUCAGGCCAGGGGAGUAUCUGUGCUAGCCUCCCAGGCCCCUGCCUCACCCCGGAGCCCCUAGCACCAAGACGCAGAUUGUUAAGACAGAUGCUCCCCUUCACCCUUACCCCUCUCGAGUCCCUGACACCACAGGUGCCCUGGAGCCCGUGUGUGACUCGGCCUCUGAUAGCUGGGUGGGUGUCAUCAUCCCUGCCUCCCAGGCCAGAACCUGUGGAUGGGCCCAGGGUGCUGUUGGAGAUCAACUUCAAAAGAGCUAACCCCCUUCCCACACCCCAGCGACCCACAUUCCCUCUGUGAAAUCUACCUCAGAGUCGUACCCUCAGAAGGAUGGGUAGCAGGAGGCCAGGGGGUCCCCAGGGCUGAGGUGGGGAGCUUCCUAUGGCAAGAGCCUGCUGCCCCACGAUGAAUCCAACCCCCCCACUGCGAGCCUCUCCCAGGUCUCAGCCCCGGGCUGGUGGCAGUGGGCGCUACCGUCAGUGCAUGUACCAUUCUGAUCCAACACUUCCAGGCACCCCCGCCUCCUCACACCCCUCCCCUCCUCCUCAGUGCAGGGGAGUGAAGAGGUGUAUCAGGCAGGAAGGGGCCAAGGACUCCAGAGACAUGGCAUUGUACCUUGAGUGUUCCCCCAGGGCGGGGAAAUGAGAAGGGGCCUGGAGAGGGGAGGUGGGGCCCCUGAGCUCUCUGAACAAGUUUAAAGUCCAAAUAAAACUUACCUGUU